AAUUCCUGGUGAGUGAUGGCCCUUACAUCCUGGUUUAGGUGGAAUGAGUCUAAUGUGAGACUUUCCCAGAGAAAUCCCACGGACAUGGUGGUAGAGACACUAAUGAUGGAGCUCAGCUGGCAGAUGAAGCAAGCAGAGAAACAACAGCGUGAAAAGGAGAAUGAAUAUCGCAAGAUUAAGACAGGGGUGGACUACAGUUGGCUGGUUAGUUAUCCAAAGCACAACUAUGACAUCAGCCCGGGAGAAAGGCUACAGCUGGAGGAUACCUGCAGCAAUAUCCAUCCAUCAUACUGCGGGCCUGUUAUCCUCAGAUUCCGGCAGAUGGUUGCAGAGUAUGAACCAGACGUGCAGGAAGUCCCCCGUCUCUUCCGAUCAGUUCUGCAGGAAGCUUCUGAGAAAAUGAAAGAGGAGGAAGAAGCAAAGAAACUUGCCAGGCAGUGGAACUCGAAGCGAGCUAUGAGCUUGUCCCUUACCACCUUCAAGUCUCGAGCCAGGAUCUAUCCUUUCAUGAGUAACAUUAAGACCAUUUCUGAGGAUGUUGAGCGAGAAGUUGAACCCAACCGGCGAGUAUGGAGCAUGCCGGAAUUUCGCACAACGAAAGAUGAAUAAAUUCACAAUACAACAACAAUUUGGGCCUCAUUUGCACUUGCGGAGAAAUGAAAGUCACAUUUUUGAAGAAGAAAAAAAUAGAACUACUUUUGGCAAAAUUAUAUUUUUUAGAGUUGCUAAUGAUUUUGAUUAGUUGUCAAGUAAUAGUCUUACAGCCUUAAGAGUAUGUAGAUUCUAGUUCAUACCUAGCUUAAAUUUAACUACCUUACUUGACCUAGACCACUAAACCGGAAUGUCAUCUACACGACAUGUACGGACAUUAAUUGUGUUUUCAUACUGCCUAUUACUGUAAUACUUUCAGAUGGUGUUGACUUGCUUUGUACCUUGUUGGAUGUACAAUAGAUAUCUACACACUGUUUUUUAAUAAUGUCCAUGCACCUUUUCCAAUAAAACGGGAUAAAUAAGAUAA